AUGUCCGCCGCACACCUCUAUCAAAACGAAGAGUCAAAGGCUGUUGUUCCGUUGAAACUCCAGACAAAGGCCAUUUCGUAUCUCGCCGGACAGCUACCCACGCCACCUCAUAUUGAUGGGCUUGGAGUGUCCAUCUACCGCAAGCCAGCAGCAGGAAGACUAGUCAGAGCUAGUGUUCAAGAUGAUGUCGUUCUGGGAACUAUUCUACUAGGAAUGACAUCGGCCUGGCACGACGUAUCUUCCACUGGAUUAAUGCAUCUCCACGGAUCAAGGGAGCUCUUUAAAGCCUGGAUGUCAUCUAGCCAUCUAGACACCGGCCUCCAACAGAUGAGGAGAACGACGACCGCUACCCAAGACUUUGUGGUCUCGUCCAUGGUGUACUGGGAAGCCAUGAGCUCCUUCAUCGUAGACCAGGACCCGGACGCUCUAUCCUACCUGGACGUCUUCUGCCACCUCCCGCCUUCUCUCAAGAGGUACCCGUGUCCCUGGACAGGCGUGGGGACGAUCACCUUCAUAUACCUGGCAAAAACAGCGACGUUGGUCAGGAAGUUUAGAGUUCUGGGUAGUUUGGGCUUGUGCCUACGGGGUGGUGGUGUCCAGGAUACGUCGUACUCGGAUCUUUUGCAACAGGCCACGAUCUUACAAGAGGAGAUUUCAAGGCUCGAAGAUUCAGCUGUGGGCUCAGUUGCAGACAGUGGCGAUAUAUUCACACCUCCAGAUCAUCUCAUCGCCAUGGAGCAAUGUUACCGGCAGGCGGCUCUGAUUGAGUUGUACAGGGCAUUCCCCGAGCUGGUAGAAAUCUCAACCGCCAAGGAUCACGCGAGGCUCGAUGCCAAUGAACAGGAUAAUGGGAAAGCGGGAGAAGUUCAUCAUCUUGCUUUGAGGAUCCUUCAGACCAUGGAAGAGAUACCCGUCACAUCUGGCACCGUCUCGACGCAGCUUUUACCGCUCAUCAUCGCCGGGAGCGUUCUCGGUCUGGUUUCGAGAGAGGAUAUUGCCGAUGAAGGUACUGAGUUUCUAGGCAGUGCGAAAGAGGUCACGAGGUGGAGAGACUUUGUGAGAAUGCGCACUCGUUGGCUUUACCAGUUGAUUCGACUCAAGCCUACGUCUUCAGGCACAGCUGCCGUGGAAAACACAUUCUACACACCACAAGAUUCGAAGCCUGGGCUGGUCGAUACCCUUGCCACCAACAAAGCCGUCCAAAACGUCGCGGAUGCCUUCUUCUCGAUCGACGGUCUGUCCAGCCGCGAGUUGAUGCCGUAUGCCCAUGACCCAUUCCGCCUCCCUGCAGCUUGGAUGAAGUACGAUCACCUGUCCGCCAAAGACCGUCUGAAUCAGCUCGACGUUAGCCAACACAACAAGGAUCUUUUCGACGCCAUGAUCAGCUCUUUUGGCGCGGUCCCCGGCAGCGAGUGCGGUUUCACCGAAGUACUGCGUUGGUAUGCCCUGGGAGGUCACUCUAUGGCUGGGACCUUCGAGCUUGCCGGCAUGUAUAAGCUUGGUGGAGGCGGGAUGACCUCGCUAGCACGGGCGAUUCUAGCAGACUACCGCGGGCAUGUGAUCUUCAAUGCCGUGGUUGACAAGGUAGAGCAGCGGGGAUCGACUGUCGUGGUGUCCACGAAGAAUGGACGUCGGUUCGAGGCCAAGUAUUGUAUCUCGACUAUUCCCCUGUAA